CCUCCUUAACUCGCCUCACAUCGUUAAUAGCACGACAAAAGCCAUUUCCCCGUAAAAACGGAACAGCUUUCCCACUAACGUCAAAACAAACGGGCGUUACCUGAGUGGAGUCCUUCCAUUCGUCCCAACGUGGAUAACCUUUAACAGCGAAACGAACGUCGUUCAUGACGAAAGCCGCCUUUAUUAAUUAACGGCGAUCGUGUCUCUUUUAUCUGGUCCAGAAUGGAGUAUACCGGCUAAAAAGGUUAGGGUAACUGGUGAGUGCCGGUUUGGAGUAAGACUGGUUAAAAAUUGACUGCGGUUGAAAUUAUUGCACUUUGUUUUGACCACCCUGGUUAAGUUUCGGCCUCUUUCAGCGACAAGAAUGAUAGAGAAGAGAGAGACAAGGUAUUGAGGAAGAGAGGAGAAAGAAUAAAGAAAAAGAGGAAGGAGAGAGUUUGUGUACCUGCUGAGCAGCAAUAGCUAGGAGAAGAGAGGAACGCUGUUCUGUUUGCAUAAGGACGGGAAAGUGACUCUGAGAGAGAGAGAGAGAGAGAGAGAGAGAGAGAGUAGGGAAGUAAAUUGGUGGCUGAAGCAGGAUUUUGUUGGUCAAGAAGUUGUAGAGCUUUUGAUUCUAGGUCUGAGACUGAAGAUUUAUAUUCUGUUACUGAGUUUAGAGAGAAAGAAAAGGUAGAAAAGUAGUAAUGGUUGAUUAGAGAGGGAAUUUCUUAGUUUAUAUGAAGUAGAGCUUUGAAUUUGAGGCUUUAAAUGAGAGAUCUGUGUUGAACAAAGAGAGAUUUAUGGAUUCUUCGGAGAUUUCAAUAAAGGGUAACGGUGGAAACGUAAGAGGAGACAGCUUCUCUUCGGGUUAUAGCGAACCCAACGACCCAAGGAACGCCAUGGAAGGACAGAAAAGCCAUUCUACUCGUACUGUCUCUGCAAGAGACGCCGAAACGGCACUUUACACGGAGCUUUGGCAUGCCUGUGCCGGCCCCUUGGUCACCGUUCCUCGUGAAGGAGAGCGCGUUUUCUACUUCCCUCAGGGACACAUCGAACAGGUGGCGGCGUCCACAAAUCAGGUGGCGGACCAGCAGAUGCCAGUUUAUGAUCUUCCAUCUAAGAUCUUGUGUACCGUGAUCAACGUCCAGUUGAAGGCUGAGCCAGAUACAGAUGAGGUAUUUGCGCAAGUGACUUUGCUUCCUGAACCCAACCAAGAUGAGAGUGCAGUGGACAAGGAGCCUCCCUUACCUCCUCCUCCACGGUUUCAUGUGCAUUCAUUUUGUAAAACCUUAACUGCCUCAGAUACAAGUACCCAUGGUGGGUUUUCUGUUCUUCGUCGACAUGCAGAUGAAUGUCUGCCACCUCUGGAUAUGUCAAGGCAACCUCCAACACAGGAAUUGGUUGCCAAGGAUUUGCAUGGAAAUGAAUGGCGUUUUAGGCAUAUCUUUCGGGGUCAACCGCGGAGGCACUUGCUUCAAAGUGGAUGGAGUGUAUUUGUUAGCUCAAAAAGGCUUGUUGCUGGUGAUGCGUUUAUAUUUUUAAGGGGCGAGAAUGGGGAACUUCGAGUUGGUGUUAGACGUGCAAUGAGACAGCAGGGUAAUGUUCCAUCAUCUGUCAUAUCCAGUGUCAGCAUGCAUCUGGGUGUGCUUGCUACUGCAUGGCAUGCCAUCUCUACGGGAACCAUGUUUACUGUUUAUUAUAAGCCAAGGACAAGCCCAGCUGAGUUCAUUGUUCCAGUUGAUCGAUACAUGGAGUCUGUCAAGAACAACUAUUCCAUUGGAAUGAGGUUUAAAAUGAGAUUUGAAGGAGAAGAAGCUCCUGAGCAAAGAUUUACUGGUACAAUUGUUGGAAUUGAAGAUGCUGAUCCCAAAAGGUGGCGAGAAUCCAAAUGGAGAUGCCUGAAGGUGAGAUGGGAUGAAACCUCCACUAUGCCUCGCCCAGAGAGAGUUUCACCAUGGAGCAUAGAACCUGCACUGGCUCCUCCCGCAUUGAAUCCCCUUCCUGUGCCCAGGCCCAAAAGGCCUCGAUCUCAUAUGGUGCCUUCAUCCCCAGACUCCUCUGUUCUUACCAGAGAAGGUUCAUCCAAAGUAACUGUAGACCCUCCAACACCAAGUGGAUAUGCCAGGGUCUUGCAAGGUCAAGAAUUCUCGACCUUGAGAGGCAAUUUUGCAGAGAGCAAUGAAUCUAACACUGCUGAAAAAUCUCUAAUGUGGCCAUCUUCCAUAGAUGAAGAGAAGAUUGAUGUGAUAUCUGCUUCGAGAAGGCAUGGAUCAGAGAGUUGGAUGACCUCUGGGAGGCAGGAGCCAACCUACACAGAUUUGUUAUCAGGCUUUGGGACACGUGCUGAUUCCUCCCAUGGAUUUGGUGUACCCUUUGUUGAUCAAACUGCAGCAGCCGCUAGCAGAGAACUUGCAUUAGAUCAGGAAGGCAAGAUUAACUCGCUUGCCAGUCCAUGGUCCUUGAUGUCAUCUGGUCUUUCCCUCAGGUUAUCAGAGUCUAAUAUGAAGGCUCCUGUAGAAGGUCGUGAUAUGCCUUUUCAAGCACGAGGAAAUAUCAGAUGCAGUGCGUUUAAUGAGUAUCCAAUGCUUAAUGGUCAUAGAGUUGAGCAAUCGCAUGGAAACUGGUUGAUGCCUCCCCCACCACCAUCUCAUUUUCAUAAUAACGCUCAUGCAAGAGAGAGAGUUUCAAAACCUAUUUUGGUACAAGAACAUGAGACUGUCACAUCCACGGAUGGAAAGUGUAAGCUGUUUGGCAUUCCCUUGUUUAGUAAUCCUGUUACACUGGAACCAGCAGCUUCACAUAGGAACACGGUCAAUGAGCCCAUUAGUACACAUCCUCAGAGUCAGCAGCUUCGUGUAAUGGAAUGUGAUCAAAGGUCAGAACAAUCCAAGGGUUCUAAACUGGCUGAUGAUAAUGAGCAUGAGAAACAAGUCCAAGCUGGUGCCCUGCAUACGAGGGACAAUCAAGGCAAAGUUCAAAACGUUUCCACUAGGAGUUGUACCAAGGUUCACAAGCAGGGCAUUGCACUUGGAAGGUCUGUUGAUCUUACCAAAUUCAACAACUAUGAUGAGUUGAUUGCUGAAUUGGAUCGGUUGUUUGAAUUUGAUGGUGAAUUAAUGGCUCCCAAAAAGAAUUGGCUGAUUGUGUAUACAGAUGAUGAGGGCGAUAUGAUGCUUGUUGGAGAUGAUCCCUGGCAGGAAUUUGUUGGCAUGGUUCGCAAGAUUUUUAUCUAUACAAGAGAGGAGGUACAAAAGAUGAAUCCAGGGACCUUAAAUUCAAAGGGUGAUGAGAAUUUGUUGGAUGUGGAGGGCGUAGAUGCAAAAGAAGUGAAAUGCCUACCUCUUCCUCCAGCGCAUGGUACUGAAAAUUGUUAGGUUGGGUUCUCUUGGGUGAGGUUUUCAACAAAAAGCAAGCGGGGCAAGGGUUUUUAUGCCCAUUUCAAUUGGAAAAAUUGGGAUGGGAGCGAUUCUACCUCUUUUAAGAUGGCAAAGCUUGUUGGUUAUCUCAGAAAUAGAUGGCAAGAAUGUUAUACCCAAUUUUGGACCUCUUAAUGGAGUUAGUAUUGUAUGGUAUCUAGUUAUACACACAGAUAUAUAAAAAUAUAUAUACCCCCUAUGCUGAGCAAGGCAAUGGUAGCCCUGCCUUUUUUAUUUAAUCCAUCCCCACCUUGUACAUAGUUUUACCCUCUCCCCCAUCUAUGUUCUAUCGAAUGUAAGUCUAUACAUCUUUUAGUGGUUUUUCGGGCUAGUCUACAAUUUUCUAAAGUUCAUUUUGUUGUUUUCUACAUGUAUCAUAAAUUUUAAUUGUUGGUGCUAUUGGAUUCGUAAGUGCCAAGUAUUUGUCUUGAAAGUCUCAAA